GUGCUUCCUCUAUUCUAAUGAAAUUUCGCUCUGAGUUUCAUAUGCUUGCGCAGCUGAUACUGAUUUGAACAGAAAGGAAAAAGACAUGAACUCCUCCAUUGGAGCUCGCCAAUCUUUCCUACUGGCGAUUCUCUUCACUGUGACUGUUAUGCUGGGUGCCAGCCUUCACUUGUCUCCCCAUCACCGUAAUAUAAAGGAUGGCGGCAAUGCAGAUGGAAAUGGAGAUGGAGGUGGAGCUCAUGUUUUGGCAGAGCCAGAGGUUUAUCCGACGAGUGGUUCAAGGUUACCGGACUGCACGCACGCGUGUGGGGCGUGCUUCCCCUGCAAGAGGGUGACCGUCAGCUUCAAGUGCUCCGUUGCAGAGUCAUGCCCCAUCGUCUACAGGUGCAUGUGUAAAGGCAAAUACUACCACGUCCCUUCUAAUUAAUUAGCUACUUAAAUAAUCCCUUCCUAUUCUUCUAUUGUCAUUAUUAUUAUUGUCAAUCAUCAGUGGACAUCGUCAUUAUUUGCUUGGAACAGGGUAUAAAAGAGAAUGGAGAGAUUAGAAUUUGUGAAAAAAAAAAAAAAUCAAGUUAGUUCUUUUUUCUUUUCUUCACAAUUUUUUUUUCUUCUUAAUGUGUUCUUUCUUGGAAUCUGAUGAACAAUGGACAAUGCCACCGCAGUUUUUAUUGA